CGGAGUCGGUCCGGCGGAGUUUUGUGGGUAUUUUAAUUGUCGAUAAUUAUCCAGUUUGUCUCGAUAUACGUGAAAGUCAGAUAUUUUGAUUAUUAUAUUAUUUUAUCGAAAUACGUGCAAUGGGACCCGCAGACUAAUCAUUGCUUUUAAAAGCCCCGUUUUGAUGAUUAUCUCGAAAACCGGUACCGAUUGGACCCCGCUUUAUUAAUAUAAAGCUAUUAAAUACGUAUUUUCAUGUCAUAAACGAUCCAAAGGGGUACCAAUUAUUUGUAAAUAUAAAUAGACCCUUCUAGAGCUUAUUUUCAACCGUAAAAUCAUUUCACCAGUUUCUUUUCACGAAUACCGAGAGAAACCGAAGUGUGUUCUUCGUGUUCUUCGUAAUCAAACGAGGAUUUGGAGGUGUUAUUGGAAUCCGAUGGAGGCGUAUGAAUAGUCAAAACGAAGCUCUCGACGCGUAGAAUCUAUUACAAUCAUUAGUUUCGGUGCAGAUUCAACGGGAUUUGGACGAGACGUGUAUGCCCGAAGACGUUCAGAAAGUCGGAAUGGUAUUGCAGAGCGAAUAAGGGAUGAAUCGAGUAAGCGAAGCGAUGUGGCGAAUUAAGUAUAGCUAGAGAUGGUCUAGAGAUUUUGAGAUGCAUAGAUUGUGAAAGUGGAAAGAGGAGAAUGAGCUGUGAGACGGGAGUCAGAUUUAAGAAAGGCUUAAAGAUGAGUGGCUAGACUGUGAUUGCGGAUAAGGCUAAUGCUAGGCGAGGAGACAGAGUUGAGGAUCCAGUGAUCGAGUAGUGUUCAGGGAAGUUGAUAAGGGUUGUGCUAGCUAGAGUUAUGCGAUGAAGAUUCAGAUGUAAGUCAUGGCUGGAACAAGUUGACAGUGAUUCUUCUUAUCGAAGAUGAUCUGAUUUGGGGAUUGAAGUUUCUGAGGGGAUUAACUUUUUGAGGGAUUGAAGUUUCAUACAUUUUAGGGGUUUCAUUGGGUAAACAGCUGCUUUGAUUAAGGUGCAACGUGUUGAAUCUGUUACCGACUAGUUUUAGAAAUGGAAAGUGAUUAUGGUAAUAAAAGCUGGAUAGGACUUCCACGAUACCACGAAGAAUAUGAAAAGGGGAUAAAAGCUUUUGUUGAGAAGGCAUUUGCCCUUUUUUCUGUUGGUGAUGAAUUAAAGUGCCCCUGCAAAGAUUGUGAUGAUCGUAAGUGGCAUCGUGCAGAUGUAAUUUAUGAUCAUCUAAUUUGCAGGGGACCUUCUAUGUCGCAUGUCCAGUGGAUUUAUAGGAUUUCAGGAGCCAAAAUAAGAGAUACGACAGAUUUUAAGGACUGUGAAGCGGGGGCUGCCUUCGGGGAUUAUUUACAAGAUAUGUUCGAUUGUACGGGUAGGAGGUUUCAGAAUGUAGAAGUAGGACCAAAUGCGGAGGCUAAAAAAUUUUAUCGCCUUGUCGAGGAGGGGAAAAAACCACUAUAUCCGGGCUGCACAAAUUUUUCUAUGCUAAGUUUUAUCAUCCGUCUUUACCGUUUGAAGUGUGUCCAUGGUAUAACCGAGUCGGGCUUCAGUGAUUUAUUAAUUCUGAUUAAAGAAGCCUUUCCUGAAGCCAAUGUGCCUAUAUCUUUCACUGCUACUAAAAAUAUAAUCAAGGACUUAGGUCUUGAUUAUCAGAAAAUACAUGCCUGCCCUAACAGUUGCAUGUUGUAUUGGGGCAAUAAUAAGGAUAAAAUAGUUUGUGAUAAUUGUGGGGUUUCGAGGUGGGUUUUACAAGAAAAGAAAGGGUCUGCUGUUAAUGAUGAUUCAGAGAGAAUUAUUAGCAAAGUACCUGCAAACGUCAUGAGAUACUUUCCCCUUAAACCUAGGUUGCAAAGAAUUUUCAUGUGCAAAGAGUUUUCUAAACUCAUGACUUGCAUGCAACGGGACGGGUAGAAGAUGGUAAGCUUAGGCAUCCGGCUGAUGCCUUAGCUUGGAAGAUGAUGGAUGCUAACUAUCCUGAAUUUUCUUCGGAAAUUCUAAAUGUAAGACUAGGUGUAGCUGCUGAUGGAUUCUCUCCGUAUCGUACGAUGAGUGUUUCUCAUAGUACAUGGCCUAUUGUACUAGUAAACUACAACCUCCCACCUUGGAUUUGCAUGAAACAAGAAAAUUUAAUUCUUUCGACGUUGAUAUCGGGUCCAAAUUCCCCUUCAAAUAGUAUCGACGUAUAUAUGCAACCAUUAAUCGCUGAGUUGAAUGAGUUGUGGGAUAAUGGCAUCCAAACCUAUGAUGCCAUGACUGAUCAGAACUUCAAUUUAUGGGCAGGGGUACUCUGGACCAUUAGCGACUUUCCGGGCUAUGCUAUGUUGUCUGGUUGGAGCACAAAAGGCAAGUUAGCAUGCCCGGUGUGCCAUUAUGAAACCUGCUCAGAAUAUUUGAAACACGGCCGUAAGAUGUGCUAUAUGAGUCAUCGUAGGUUUCUUGAUCCUUCCCACAAAUGGAGGUUUGACAAGAAAAAUUUUAACGGGGCAAUUGAGACGAGGCAGAGUGCAGAACCGUUGACGGGAACAGAGGUUGAACAGCUGCUGUUUGGGUAUAAAAAUCAGUUUGGAGAAAAUAAAAAAAGAAAGCGUGAAAGUGGCAUCCCUUUUAAAAAGAGGUCUAUUUUUUUCGAUUUACCUUAUUGGAAGAAUAAUCCAUUAAGACACAACCUCGAUGUCAUGCACAUCGAAAAAAACAUUUGCGAUAGUAUAUUAGGUACCUUGCUUAAUAUUAGUGGGAAGUCAAAAGAUCAUUUGGCAGCUCGAUUUGAUUUACAAGAAAUGGGAAUACGGAAGUCCCUUCAUCCGAUGGAAUCUGCUGAUGGGAAAUCUUAUGAAAUUAAUGCAGCCUUAUUUGACAUGUCAAACAAGGAGAAAGACAUAUUUUGCAAGGUAUUAAAGAAUGCAAAAUUACCUUACGGCUGUGCCUCUAAUAUUAGUCGUUAUGUGCACACAAACGAGGGGAAGAUAUUGGGGUAUAAGAGCCAUGAUGCGCAUUUUAUACUUCAUUACUUGUUGCAAUUUGCUGUGAAGAAAUCAGUCAAUUAAAGCUGCUGUUGCGAAGCCGCUGAUAAAAUUCAGUGCAUUUCUUCGAGGUUUGUGGAAUAAGGCCAUUCACUUGGAUGAUAUCCGGAGGCUGCAAGACGAAAUUGUCAACAUCUUAUAUGAAUUUGAGAUAAUUUUCCCACCUGCUUUUUUUGAUGUCAUGGUGCACCUCCCCGUUCAUUUGUGUAGAGAGAUUGAAUACAGUGGACCCGAGCACCUUCGCUACAUGUAUCCUAUUGAGCGAUAUCUUUGUAAAUUGAAAAACUAUGUCCGUAAUAGGUCUAGACCCGAAGGUUCAAUUGCAGAAGGCUAUUUGGCAGAGGAGUGCGUUACAUUCUGUUCAAGAUUUUUGGGUGGUGAACCAUUAAAUGAUUUUUCAAAAUGUCCAACAAAUGCGGAAUAUCAUAUUGGAGGCAGAAAGAAUAAAGAUGGCAAAGUUAUUCAUCUAGCAGAUUCAGUUUGGAAAGCUUGUCAUACUUACAUCCUUGUCAAUUGCGGUAAUAAGGAAAUUGAGGCAUUGAUCUAGUAAGUUAUUUACUCCGUCCUUCAUUUGUCGAGUACUAGUAUAUAUGAACUUGUUUUCCUCGUAAACUAUUUGAAUUAAUUGUUCACCUAAUAUUUUCUUAGGGAUCACCGUGCGUUAGUGGAAGCUCAUUUUUAAAUUUGCACAGGAUGGACGAGAAACUGAUAACUAUAGUACUGCACUAUGAUGGAAUCUUCAGGAGAAGUGGAUUUUCCCCUGGAAAGACCUUGCCAGUAGCGAAAGUACCAACCGAAGAAUUUUCUUAUUCAGUUCUUAUGGAAUACGUCAAGGAUUAUUUGCAUUUGACGGAAAUUGGAGGGGUAUAUACGAGAGAUGGCAAUAGUUGGAGGCUUUUGACCAAAGAUAAAGAACUGCUAGAGCUUGUUGAUCGAUGCGAAAAUGAUGGAGAGAUGGAUCUCUAUGUGGACACUGUGGUUGAUAAAAGAAGUCGAGCCCUCGGUACAAAUGCAGCCACAUGUAAUUGUACGACCGAGGAAGAGCAUUAUUACAGGUAUUAUAGGGCCAACCAAGGAGGGAGUGAAGCGCCCAUUCGUGACUACUCACCAGCUCCAACAGCAACAAGAAAAGAAAAAGAAGGCAAAUAAAAAAGCACCUGAGCCGCCGAGGAGGAUUUUAUCACCACGACAAUGUAAAAAGCAAGCUGCAGGGACUCCAGAAAAGAAAGAACCGGUGGUCAAUAAAAAUAGUUCAGCGAGGAGAAAAUUGAAUUUACAUGAAGACACCGAUGUUGAGAUAAUAAUAUUUUAAUAAUUAUGAUGUCUAGUAUAUAUCUUUCAUAUAAUGUACCAGAACUUGCACAUUAGUGAAACUUUGCUUACAAUAUUAACCAAAAUAAUGCCCCUGCAUAGAUAAAUAUUUUAUCAGUUGCUUUGUGUUUUUCAUGCUAGCAUGCUUUUUAAGUGGUUAUAAUGAUGUCUAGUAU